AUGCCUGCCGGAUUCCCAGCUUACCCACAUUCUCGGUUUCCCAACGAAAAGCCCCCCACCCUUUUCCAUCCCUCAUCUCCUAAAUCUACCAAAGCAACACCCGUCUCCUAUUCUACCUCCAAGUCCUACACCAUCGCAUCUUCCUCCCCAAAAGACUCAAUGGACACCACUACCACCUAUACUCCCGCACACGAUACAUCCUCCCUCUACAGCACCACAUCCACCAUCUCUCUCCUCAAGCAUCCACUCAGUACUCUCAAAGCCAAGCUCUCUUAUAAGGAGCAUUUGAAGAAGGAAGAAGCCAAGCCUAACAAGAACAAGCCUUCUACUUCUGCCGUCUCUCCGAAGCCUAGAAACUCGACUGAGAAGACACGUACGUUUGAUACCAAAGCAUGA